GUUUGAGCGGUCCACUCUUUCUAUUUUCUCUCUCUCUUCUUCUACAAAACAAACAAAUAAACCAUGGGAAGCGACAGUGCCGAAAAGUCAUCGACGUCUUCUUCUUCGAUGCUGUUUUUACGCAGUCCUCAGUCUGCCAGCAAGUCUACCAACAGCAGCAGCAAUGGCUUUGCCUCUCCCACUACCAAGCGCCAUGGCCAACAAGUCCGUUCGACGUUGGCGCGAAUCCAAAUUUGCAUUGCGUGCAUGUUCUUCCUGCUCUUGGGUACUAGUAUCAACGUGAUGCGACUCAGUCAUCAUGUCAUGCCCAGUGAUACUAGUAGCAGCAGUGGAGGUAGUAGUAGCAGUAGCAGUAACUCCAAUCAGCAACAAGAACAACAACAGCAACAAAUCAUCACUGACAAUGUCAAUAACAAUAACCAACUUCGUCAAGUUCAAGCUGCACAAGCAGCACAAGCACAAGCUCCUCCACCACCACCACCACCAGCACCCGCGGACAAGGUAUCCGUCCACACGGUGAUGCAAUUGACGCCGGACGAGAAUCCCUUAUUGCGCGUUCAACCGAAAGAAGAAUCCGAACGCGCCAAAUUCCGCGCCGCCUUUUUGGCGCAACAAGCCAAUAAUCAUCCACCCAACAAAGAUCCCAAUACCGACAGUAUGGGAAAUCCCUUGACAGACAUUGAGCUAAAGCGCAUGUUUCCGGAAAAAUUCAGCAAACACUUUACCAAUAAUUUGAGACACGAAGAAGAAAAAUUGAUUGGUUUCGCAUUGGCCCAUCACAAUGAUCAUCAUCGUCAACAUGGCGAUUACUGGGAUACAAUGGAUCAUCCCGAUGAUUUCCGACAAGAUGUCGAACGUGGAGAAUGGUUUGAAGCACCUUACAAUAAUAAAGUCGAGCAAAACACGAAUUCGAAAGACCAUAUUAUUCCCCGUCGCGAGCAACACGGUGGCACGCGAUGGGAACACGCGACGACAUUACCCCCGUGGAUGAAGGAUUACUUUUCCUGGCAUGAAAUACGACGCGGCUUUUUGAGCGAGACCAAUUGGAAACAACAAAAAUAUCUCAUCAUGACGUGUUUUGCCGAUCAAACCUGUGGCAAUGUCGCUCAUCGACUGCGCCCCAUUCCCGCCAUGCUCCGGAUUGCCUACGACACGAAACGCUUGUUACUCAUUAAUUGGGGCGAUCGCGAAAAGGAACAACUCGAAGAUUAUGUCGAACCACCGCAUCAUGGCGGGAUGAAUUGGACCGUGCCGCCGUACAUGAUGGAUACCCUAAAGCAAGUUCCGCAAUUCCAAAAGGUCGAACUGAUUGCCCAACAAGCGGAUAAUGCCGAGACACUCAUGGUGGCGACCAUGGUGCAGGAUGAAUGGUACGGAGAACCCUACUAUAAUUCCAAAUUAGAGGGAACCGAAGAACCCGCCGAUCGAGUCUUUCAUGAUGUGUACAAUGUCCUGUUCAAACCCACAUUUACACUGCAAGAACGAAUUCAAGAAACCCAUCAUACCAUGGGACUACCACCGGGUGGGUAUGCCACCAUUCAUAUUGAUUACAAGGACAAGCCGCUCACGGCGGCGGCCAAACAGGCAUUGAAGGAAAAGGUCGAGAAUGCCAUGAAUUGUGGAUCCAAUUUGCAUCCUGGCGGCCCCUAUUUGGUGGCGGCCGAGACGUUUGCCAUUGCCAAGGAAGCGGUCAAGUACGCCAAAAAGAAAAAUGUUGUGGUGGCAGCACGACAAAUUGCACACGACUCCAAAUUCUUGCCCAAGGAUUUCUUUGUCUCGUGGUUGGAAUUCUAUUUCAUGGCCAACACGAGAUGCAUUGCGUACAGUGGAGAAACGUCCUAUGGACAAUUCGGAUACAUGAUGGGAUACGAUUACAAUUGUCGCAUUCAAUACGAAGGAUACAAUGCCCGCAACAAGUGCAAUUGGACGGCGACGGCAUUGGAUGCCGUACAGACGGGACACGAUCUACAAGCAGAGAAAAAACGCAAUCACGACACCAUGGACAAGACGGCCAUUUUGGGAGAAUUGGGAGAAAACGACUACAAACCCGAAACCGACGACGAUGCCGUACACAUUCAUCAAGGCAAUGCCCAGCCGCAUGCGGCCAAUGCCGACGAAGAAAAGGGCAUGCCAGCGUGGUUGAAAGAAUACAGUCAACAGAAUCCACCCAAACCAGACGAGUUGUGGAGCAAGUCGACGACGUUGCCCGAUUGGUUAAAGGCGUACUUUUCCUGGCACAAGGACCAAAAGGCCAAGAUUACCGAAGAAAACUGGAAGGAACAACGAUACCUCGUCUUGACGUGCUAUGGACACAACCAGGCCAACUGUGGAACCGUGACGCAUCGGUUGCGAUUGCUGCCGGCACAGCUCCGAUUGGCCGCCCAAUCGCAGCGCAUCUUGUUGUUGCACUGGGACAAACCAUUUCGGCUCGAAUUCUUUGUCGAACCACCGACAAAGGAAACCGAAGGCGACAAGGGAAAAGAAGAAGAGACUAUUGGUGUCGAUUGGAUUGUCCCGGAAUUCAUGAUGUGGAAGGUCCGAAAGGCAAAGCAGCAGAAUGCCUUGGAUAUCCUCGCCACGGAAGCCAUGCAAGACAAUCGCAAGGUCGUCAAUGCAUUGUUUAACUUUGCCGAUGAUGCUCAUGCCGAAGCCUUUUACAACGAUCGAUUGGCGGACAAGGAAGUCAAGGCCGAUCGAAUCUUGCGAGAUGUCUUUCACGCCUUUUUCCAACCGACCGUUCUCUUGCAGGAACGAGUCAAUGAAAUGCUCGACCACGUCGAAUUGGAGCCAGGUGACUAUUCGGUGGCACACGUUGAUUACCCGAUUGUGCCUAGAACCGAUGAUCAAAAACAUCAUGUCCGAACACAUGUCGAACAGGCAAUGAACUGUCUCUCCCAGGUCGCUCCAGGCAGCAACAUGUUGGUGUUCACGGAAACGACGGAAGCUGCCAUGUACGCGGUCAACUAUGGUGUGUUGCGCGGUGUCAAGAUCCCCGCCAAGCGGCUUUCCACCAACAACCAUGACAAGAGCGCUUCGCCAGACGACUUGUUGGGAGCCUUUGCCGAAGUGUACAUCAUUGCCAAUGCACACUGCGUUGCCUACAAUAAUGGUGAAUUUGGCGAGCUGGGAUUCAUGUUGGGUGAAGAUUAUGACUGUAAGAUCAAGUACAACCACAACGAAAACGGUGAAGAAUGUAUGCGGUGGGAAGGUGGUUCAGAAGCACAAAAGAUUGCCAAAACGGUAACCUCCAAACAUGUAUGAUACCUCUACUAAACUCCAUUCGAUGUGACAAGGCAGGAAUGGCCAAGGAGCAAUAAGGGUUUGGGCACAGAAGACUUUGGUUCUUGGCUCUUCCUUGUCCAGCCGAUGUUCUCCACACAAAACGAUACAUGUAAUACACAUUUAGUAAGAUGACCACUGAUCUUCUC